UACAUACACAGACACAUGUACGUACAUACACACAAAAACACACACACACACACAUGUACAUGCACACACACACAGACACAUGUACACACACACAGACACAUGUACACAUACAUACAUGUAUAUACACACACCACCACCCCCCCCCCCCCAUAAAACGUUGCAGUACUUCGUUGUUCACUCACAGAUCCGGGUACUGCACUCUAGGGGGAGGCAGAGAGCACAGCACACACUCCUUGCUUUGCUUUCACUGUGCUCAGCUUUUGAGCAGUCUGACGGCUUCUAGUGCCAAUGACAGAUCCGGCCUGAGCUCCGAGCGUGCUCAGCAAGACGGCCCUGGGGGACACACUCACCCCACCAUAAUUUCCACUCGCCAUUGGCGAGCAGGCAAGUGGAAAUUUCAAGCUUUGUGC